AUGCGGUGCGAAGUACACGAGCCGAAUUUUCGAAAAUCUUUGAAUAACGUUAAAAUGUCAUCGAACGAACAAAAUUUUCAUUUGGGAGAACAAGCUGGUUCUAUUGGUCAAGCAGGUGGAGCAUUUAGUGAACGAGGUAAAGCAGCUGAAAAUGCUUAUUUUCAUGCACAAGAAGCUGAGCAAUUAGCUGCAUUGAAAGCUCAACUUGGACAACAACAACAACAACAACAAAAUCCACCAAGCUCAUGA